AUGGCUCAGCCGGAGCAGAGCGAGCAGCCAUGGGAGUACACCCUGCGGAAGUACCUCCUGCUGCUGGCCACCCUGGUGGUCAACGUGACGUACGCCGCGGGCUUCAACCCGCCGGGAGGGGUCUGGCAGGCCGCCUACGACGGCCAACCCGCCGGCGACCCGAUCAUCCGCGACACCCACUACCACCGCUACCUCGCCUUCUUCUACUGCAACGCCACCGCCUUCGCCGCCUCGCUCGUGGUCAUCGUGCUCAUCCUCAUCCUCGCCGUCCGGCACGACAAGGAGAAGGAGAAGAAGAAGAAGGACGCCGUUCAGGUCAUCAAGCCACUGCGGGUCGUCAUGGUGUUGGACCUGCUCGGCCUCGUGGGCGCCUACGGCGCUGGAACCUGCCGGGAUAGGAUUUCCAUCAUCUACACCGCGGUUCUGGUGGCCGCUGUCUUCGCCUACAUUGUAGUUCUCAAGUUGCUGGACCGGUGUCGUCCAAACAAGAACCCCGGCUCUAGCUCCAGCGGCGCCACCCCCAUCUCUGAAACCAACAACGGGGUCAGCGCAACUACCACCCCUGACCUCGAAUCUGACCGCAAGGUCGCUGAAAAGGCGUUGAAAACCGAAGAACAGCUCUGCAAGGUCCUGAUGCUUCUCGCGACGUUCGCGGUGAGCAUCACAUACGUCGCCGGACUGAGCACGCCCGGUGGCUUCUGGGACAGCACCGGCGGCAGGCAUCACCCUGGCGACGCGAUUCUCAGGGACCAAAGCGGCCAGCGCCUGACCGCGUUUUUCCUCUUCAACACCACGGCGUUCGUGGCGUCCCUGCUCAUCGCCAUGCUGCUCAUCAUCGAUGGAAAGAAGCUCCGUGACAAGACGGCUCGGUUUCACGUGCUCUAUGUGUGCAUCUUUGCCGUGCUUGUUGGCCUCCUCGGCGCAUACGCUGCCGGGAGCUGCAGGAAAACCGACACCACAGUCUACGUGGUCUCCCUCGUCGGCGCCGUUCUUGCAUACAUUCUCCUCCAUCUCUUCUGCAGGUCAGCGUUAAAAUUACUGUCUUAUUGUUUCAGUCCAGCAUACAGCCUCCUCCAUGGCUUCUGCAGUUCAGCGUCAAAAUUAUUUCCUUGUUGUUUCAGUCCAGCCCAACAAAAUGAUGGAAAUCAACAGAGUAAUGAUGCUAGUGGUAGGGAGGCUCUGGACAAGGCUCGCUCUCUUGUUCUACUGCUCGCCACUCUUGCCGCCACCAUCACCUACACAGCGGGGUUGGACCCGCCGGGUGGCGUUUGGCAGGACAACGGUGACGGGCACAUGGCUGGCGACCCCAUCCUCCUCGCGACAAACGCUAGGAGGUACAAGGCCUUCUACUACUGCAACUCGGUUGCGUUUGUGGCCUCAUUGGUGGUCAUCAUCUUGGUCCAGAUGGAGAAGCUGGUCAAGCACCAUGUGCUGGAGGCAGCCAUGAUACUCGACCUGUUUGGCCUCAUCGGUGCAUAUGCCGCUGGGAGCUGCCGGAACGUGAAUACCUCCAUUUACGUCAUGGCUUUGGCAGGGGCUGUCUUGAUCUAUGUGGUGAUCCAUGUUGUCUUCUUCACGCUGGAUCACAGGGACCAAAACAACAACGACCAAGAAGAUCAGUUGCUGGAGAAGAAGCGCAAACGGUUGCUCCUCUUCGCGAUCUUGACCGCGACCAUCACCUACCAAGCCGGCCUCACCCCUCCUGGUGGCUUCCUGCUGCAGGACGACAAGCUCGGCCACCACACCGGUGACCCGGUCCUCCUGUACAACUACCCACGCCGCUACCAUGCCUUCUUCUACUGCAACUCGGUGAGCUUCAUGUUGUCCAUCGCGCUCAUCAUCCUCCUGGUGAACCCCAAUCUGUACAGGCCAGCAAUACGAAGCAAUGCACUAUCUGUUUGUACGGCGGUGGGCUGUUUUUGUUUGAUGGGGGCCUACGCUGCCGGAAGCACCCAACACAUCAAGACAUCCGUCUACAUCUUCGUGUUGGUGGCUGUGGUCCUCUGUGUUGCAGCAGGACUGCUGCUAGUAUUUUUGUUGAGGGAGCUGAACAAAAAUGGUGCAGCACCUGCUGCGCCAUCCAGACCCACUGGACAGGAGGGCGGCCAAGAAGAAAACAGAAAUGGCAUCUCAGCAGCUGAUGUGCCAUCCAGACCCACUGGACAGGGGGACGAAGAAGAAGAAAACAGAGAUGGCAUCUCGGCAGCUGAUGCACUAUCCAUACCUAUUGAACAGGAGGAAGAAGAAAAAGCAAAGAAUGAAAAGAGGAAGAACCAUGCAAGGCGCAAAUACCUGAUGCUGCUAGGUAUCUUGGUGGCGAGCGUAGCCUACCAGGCCGGCCUAGAACCCCCCGGCGGGACGUGGCAGAACAACGACAACAGGUACAAGGCGGGCAACCCGGUGAUGCAUGACAACAUGAGGCCCCGGUACCUUGUCUUCUUCUACAGCAACUCCAUUUCCUUUGUGGCUUCCAUCGUUGUCAUCAUCAUGCUGCUGCCGCAUUGGCUGCCAGACGAGAGGGAAGAAGAAUGGAAGACAUGGUCGCUGAAGGUGAUGAACCGGGCGAUCAGACUGGAUCUGUUUGCUCUCCUGGUGGCCUAUGCAGCCGGCUCCAACAGGGGGUGGAAGACGUCUGUGAUUGUGGGCGCGCUCAUCAUCGCCGUGCUGAGUUACUUUGCAAUCCAUAUGAUACUAUCAUGCACCGUUUGUCAAGGUAAGAAGACCCAAGGCACAUCUGCAAGCUUACAGCAUGUUGCCAUGACGCAUAAGAGCAGCAACCAGAAUCCUCCAGCACAGCGUGAUUCAUUAUCAGUGUGA